UUGAAAAUGUUUUGUAACUUUAUACUUGCAUUCAUAGCUGCAAUUUAUUAGGUCAGCAAGAAGAAAUCUGAGAGACUCAACUAAAGCAGAACAUUUCUAAAGACGAAGAAUGGUUUUGGGGCCAAAAUAUUACUCUUUCUCUGCUGCCAUAUUUUGAUUCCAAAAUUUGGCUAAUAAUGCCAACUCCCCUUCAUACAAUUGCCACAGCCCUUUAAGUAAUUUGUUGACGAUUUAAAAUAAUUAGAGCAAAGAAAUUCUAAAAGAAAUUCUUCAGUAAACAUAAGAGAGCUGCAUAUCAAUUCAACCACCUUGCACACACCUACCCACUUCCUCUGAGCAUCGUCUGUCACACUGUGGUCGAGUGAUCUAAUUAUACAGCAACAGAAGACCCGUCAGAGUCACAACGUGCAGCUUUAAAUGAGGUCAAACAGAUGCAGAAUGAUUUAUAUUUAGAAUAGAAAGAGGUUUGUGAUUUACUGGAACAUUGCUUUGAAAGUAAAUCUAUAUACGGUCGAAUUUGUUUCCAUUUAAUUUUUUUUAAUGAUAUGACGACACAGUAAAUAUAUCACAACAACCGAAGCAACUGCACCAAAUUCUCACCCACGUAUUCAACAGCGUAGCAACAAAAGAGACAGAUGAGAAAAAAAAAACGAUAAAUAAACAGAUGCACACUUUAUAAAAUAGUUGAACAGAUAAAUGAAAAGGAAUUAAUGACGAUUCAUCUCUAAGAAUAUUUGAUAUAGAAAUUCCUCAUUCUUUGCAAAAGACCUUUAAAAAGGAAAAAGGAAAAAUCACCAUUUCUCCAGACUAACCAAUUCUUUCCAUCUCCUGCCAUGCUGGGUCUUCCAUUUUGGAGUAUUUUAGUCAUAAUCUUCCCCUGUUUAUUAUUUACCCAGGCCACAAUGUGGAACAUGACCCUUUGUUCUUUAAAGGAAUUCAAUUCUGUUCGCAUUUCUUUGGACAAGGUGGAAUAUGUAAACAUUUCAAGUAAAAAGGCACAGAAAUGUUUCAACACUGAAUUUGAAUUAGACAAUACAACAAAGCCAGGUUUUGCAGAAUUUGAUAACAGUGAUGUUGAUGGGGUGUCCGUUCAAAACGAUGAUCUUCAAGAAAUGUAUUUUGGCAAAUGCGGGAAGACUUUUUGUAAUGACACAAUUAUCAAAUUAAUGAAAAUGGUACCAUGGACUAUUGAAGUUAUACGCAGUGAGCCAAAUGACGAUCAUAACUAUUCUUUUGAAUCUUGGUUUUAUGGGCACACUAAUAUUACAUUUAGAAGAAAUUCUAGAACAUCAAAUACAUCCUUUUUUAUUCCAAUGGACUGGAAUCAAAUAACAAGAAUAACUUUUUAUGGUGAAGGAAAUUUUUGGUUGGGGACAGCAGUAAAACUACAGAAUAUGGACAAUUACAAAAUAUAUUCCUGUAUUUUCAUUCCUUAUCUAUUUAAUGUACUUUAUUACCAUAGAUGUUUCUUGACAAAUGAUUCCACAUGGAAAAUAGAACUAAGCUCUCAAUCCAAGCAAAUAGAAGAUAUAAGACGAAUGAAGCUAUUUGUUGGGAUGGCUGGCAGAAAAUCAGACUCUUCACUGACAAGGAACCAAACUCUUCUAAAAUUCCAAAAGUUAGCUUACCUUCCCACAAUAUCUGCUGUUACCAAUAUUCCAAAUAUAAGCAUCAGCGAGGUGGAAAUAGACUUCAAAGGCACUAAAAAGCCUUUUAAAAUAUCCAAAAUUGUCAUGACAAAAUGGCUUACCGGAGAAGAAUAUGGCUGUGUUAAGCUACAUAACACAAAUGCAUGGAAAUAUUCUUGUGAAGUUCUAAAAAGCAAGAAUUGGCUGUUGAAAGUUAUUUCUCCUGAAGAACAUGAACGAAUUUUCUCCAUAGAAAUAAUCCAAGACACGUUAUCUUCUUUCACCAGACAUUUGAAAUGGGACUCUUUUGGUACAUAUGGAAAUAACUAUAUCAAGUAUUUUAAUCUGAAGACGUAUGAAAACGGGGAUAUCACAAACAUAAAUCUCCAUUUUCAAAAUAAAACUCUGAAAAUCAAUGAAAUAAGUCUGAUCCGCAAUUACUCAGAGUAUAAAUUCAAAAGAAAUGAAGACAGCAACACUCACAAUUCCUCAGUGACAGGAUUCUCUCGAACAACAAAAGACGAAAUACAUUUCAAUGAAACAACUGUUGUUAAUAAAACAGACGAAAUAAAUUUUAAUGAAACAAUUGUUAUCUAUAAAACAGAUAUAAUUAAUUGUAACAAAACAAUUCUCAUCAUGCAAAUAGUUAUUGGCCUCCUUGCAGUCACCAUAUUAAUCUUGUUAGUCCUUCUUAUCAGGUUUAAGAUGCUCGGAAACAAAAAAGGCAAAAGUUAUAUGCCAAUGCCUCAAGUCGCUGCUGAAGAUAAGAUGUGUUACUCCAUGCAAAAUACCAACUCAGUUUGUGUUGACGAACCUGGACAAGAAUAAUGGUUCCAACAGCAAAACUCUGAAAAUCUUUGUGAAAGCAUGGAUUUAUAACCAGGAAUUAGACCCUCUUCAGAAGAUGGUAGUGUUUCAUAUGUCGUGCAAUAGAAGAAAAAAAGAAAGACACCUCCUUAGCCUCUUCAUAAACCUAAUUUUGAGCAGCUCUACACACAAUCUAUUACUCUUUACUCUCUUUUACUUGUUUCAGUCAUUUGACUGUGGCCAUGCUGGAGCACUACCUUUUCAGUCGAGCUAAUCGACCCCAAGCCUUAUUCUUUGUAAGCAUAGUAUUUAUUCUAUCGGUCUCUUUUGCCGAACUGCUAAGGUACGGGUACGUGAACACACCAGCAUCAGUUGUCAAGCGAUGUUGGGGGGACAAACACACACACACACAUAUAUAUAAAUAUAUACAUAUAUAUAUAUAUAUAUAUAUAUAUUUGUACACACACAUAUAUAUAUAUAUAUAUGUGUGUGUGUGUGUGUGUGUACAUAUAUACGACGGGCUUCUUUCAGUUUCCGUUUAACUUAACAUGGAUGAUGAUUUAUAAAUUUUACUCUAAAAAUGGAUUGUAUAAUAUUUUCACAGUGAAAUGGUAAAAAAAAUGAAUAAAGACAAAAGUUGUAGAUUUA